AUGGGUCAACAAGCGUCCGUCCCCAAAGCAGGCGCAGAGAUUCAAGUCAUUGGCGCCGGUCUCCCACGAACCGGGACUUCAUCAUUCAGCGCCGCUCUAGAAAUGAUUCUAGACGGACCUACCUACCACGGCGGCACUCAAAUCUCACGAGGCGAACCUAUCGAGAUUCAAUCAUGGAUCAAGGCAUUGAAGUACUGGGCCAAGGGAGACCCAGCCAGUCGAAUUGAGAUGCAGAAAAUCGUGCGCCAGCGAUUACACGGCUAUACAGCCGUCACCGACGCCCCAUGUUCACAAUUUGUCCCGGAGCUUCUGGAGAUAUAUCCCAAUGCGAAAGUGAUUUGCACUGCCCGCGAUCCCAUCUCAUGGGAAAAGAGCAUGAUUCAAGCACAAGGCUUGGCGAUGGCUUGGUUCCUUCGUGCUGUUCUUCUUCCGUUGUCGGGGAUGAGGCAUUUUGUGGAUUAUACCGAACAGCUUGCUAUACAGUGGGAGCGAUUGUAUGGUGUUCAAGCUGGUAGUCAUGAUCGUGAUACAUAUGCCAGACAUAUCGCUUGGCUCAAGGAGAAUGUGCCCGAGGAGCGUCUUGUCUUUUUCGAGGUGAAGGAUGGCUGGGAGCCUCUUUGCAAGGUAGUUGGAAAGAAGGUCCCUGAGAAUAUUCCCUUCCCACACAUCAAUGAUUCGGAAGCAAUUGUGCGUACCGCUCAGUAUCAUAUCAAACGGGGUUUGGUGCGAUGGGGAGCAAUUUUGGCCCUGGUGUCUGUUACCGUUGGGUACUGUGUGAUGAGCUAA